GGCUGACGGGCGGCCGCCUCGGGGGCGCUGGGCCGCGAUGUGGCCGCGCCUGCCGGGGUGUGGACGUCCGUGAGAGGCGCCAGGCAGCAAGCCCGGCUUUGGGUCGGUGCGAGCGCCGCGUCCAGAAGUGGCCGAGCCUCCCAGGUUUCAGUUUUGGAGCAGCUGUCCCAGCGGGCGCGGGGAGGACGGGACCCCGCGGUGCCAAGGCCUCCGGGGUCGCUCUGGAGAGUCGCUCCGGGCCCAGGCUUGUCGGGUCGCCCGCUCAGCCGCGCCGCUGGGGGCGUCGGUGUGGCCCGGGUGCGCCCUGGUGACGCCGAGGGGGACGACGCGACCCCGGUGCCCAGGCGGGACGCGGAGAGGCCGCAGCCGCGGGGUCCGGGCCUGCACCCUAAAGUCAACACUCGGUGUUUCUGCAUGAGAGAAGAGGCGCAAUAGGCUUUAGGAUGUCUGAAGAUGAAGAAAAGGUGAAGUUACGCCGCCUUGAACCAGCGAUCCAGAAAUUCACAAAGAUAGUGAUCCCGACAGACCUGGAGAGGUUAAGAAAACACCAGAUAAACAUUGAGAAGUAUCAACGGUGCCGAAUUUGGGACAAGUUGCAUGAAGAGCACAUCAAUGCAGGACGCACUGUUCAGCAACUCCGCUCCAAUAUCCGAGAAAUGGAAAAGCUUUGUUUGAAAGUCCACAAGGAUGACCUGGUUCUUCUGAAGAGGAUGAUCGAUCCUGUGAAGGAAGCAGCGGCGGCAGCCACAGCAGAGUUUCUCCAGCUCCAUCUGGAGUCUGUUGAAGAGCUCAAGAAACAAUUCAAUGAGGAAGAAGCCUUAUCACAUUCUUCUCUCACCAGAUCCACAACUGUUGGUGGAGCUCUCCAUGCUUCGGAGGCUGAAGCUACUUCUCAGAGUCUGACUCAGAUAUAUGCCUUGCCUGAAAUUCCUCGAGACCAAAAUGCUGCUGAGUCCUGGGAUAACUUAGAAGCGGACUUAAUUGAACUUAGCCAUCUGGUCACUGAUUUCUCCCUCCUAGUGAAUUCUCAGCAGGAGAAGAUUGACAGCAUAGCAGACCAUGUCAACAGUGCUGCUGUGAAUGUUGAAGAGGGAACCAGAAACUUGGGGAAGGCAGCAAAAUACAAGCUGGCAGCUCUGCCUGUAGCAGGUGCACUCAUCGGAGGAGUGGUGGGGGGUCCCAUCGGCCUCCUUGCAGGCUUCAAAGUGGCAGGAAUUGCAGCUGCACUUGGUGGUGGGGUAUUGGGCUUCACAGGUGGAAAAUUGAUACAAAGAAGGAAACAGAAAAUGAUGGAGAAGCUCACCUCCAGCUGUCCAGAUCUCCCUAGCCAAAGUGACAAAAAAUGCAGUUAAAGCCCAGACUUGCAGCUGGUGCCAGUGCAUCCAUCCUAAGGAGCACCGUGCUGCUGUUGAAUGCUCAGUUGUUGGAACACAGUGUUGGGAAGUGGCUCUUCAUGUCCAUGUAGUAUUGAACCACCAUAACUGGAUGUGUUUGUUUGCUGGCUGUUAAUGGAGAUGUUAGAGGAGCCUGGGCUUGAGGGUAUGUGAUGUCUAUCGGGUCCAGUUUAAAGACUGCCAAAGAGAAAAUGUUCUGCCUGGAAAUGUGAAAACUGAACCUCUAACUCUAAAGGUCUAAGAUGUGUAGAAUGUGUCGGGCGCAUGAGGGUCAGUGUAUGUGUAGAUUAUUUUUCCUACAGGGAAGGAACAGAAUGUGAGUUCUGGAGUCUUUCUGUGAGGUAGGGAUGUUGCCACCUACCAAGGGGCCCAGGUGAACUACUUCUGUACUUGGAUCCAUCUAUAUUUUCUGGUGAAGGAAACUAACACUAUAAAACGGACAGAGACGCCCACUUUCUCUUGACACUCUCUUCAUUGUGACAUGGGUGACAUCUUUUCUGAACUCUUCCCUGCCUCUCCAGCUAAGGAGCACAGAAGCUCAUGUGCUGGAUCUACUAACCCAGCCACCAAACCCACUUACAGCUGGUGAUUCUGAAGGUUCUCUGCUUCUGGGGUGAAUUCUACCCAUCUUGUGAGGAUUUUUCUCAUAAUCGGCGUUUUUAUAUCAUUGUCCAUCUCUAGUUACCCCUACCUGUAAUCUCUUAAGUUGAAAAACAAAAAUUUAAAAAUUUCCAACAUUUUUUGGGCAAAGGGGGAUAAAUACAAGGUCACAUCAUGGGGCACUUUAGAACUUCAAGGGGCUGACAUACCUGCCUCAAGGGGUCUGGCCCUCAGUCUUGCUGGGGGACUGAGAAGGAGCUUUCUACCUCCCUUCUGUUACCGCAGCCCUUUCGCAGGCUGUCCCCUGUCCUUCAGUUUUCUCUGCCACUCUCCCAGUGUUGAUGUGUAACUCCUCUCAUGUUCUAGAUGACCAAGCCAAGAUUCAGACCCAAUGAAAGAUCUGUGAUGCUAACCAACAGAUGACAUGGACAGCAAUCACAGGCCAGUCCAGCUCCAUGACUGUCUCAAACAUAAAGGUUUGAAAUUUAGAGAAAAGGAAUUUAAGACUGCAGGCAGCCUCACCCUGCAUCCUAACUCAUCCUAACUGGCUGCCUCAUUCUUUAAUCUCCCCUGAGGAGAAAGCACAGUCAGCCAGGAGCAUGGGUUCAAGGACCAAAGAGUUUAUCACUUAGCUUCUUUUAAGAGCUGGGUUGAGCUGGGUGGUGGUGGCGCACGCCUUUAAUCCCAGCACUCAGGAGGC